AUGCCAGAACACAUGCCAGGACCAACACCCAGCAGAGGUGUCUAUGGAUUAGCCAUGCACCUUGCCUUUCAAAUAACAUUCAUUGCCUUCAUCAUCUGGGCAGCUGUACCAGAGAAAUGGUUCCAUGAUCUGGGCAUUACAUAUCUACCCCAACACUACUGGGCAGUUGCAGUACCAAUAUUUGUCCUCACAGUAAUAGCACUUUUUGCAUUCAUAAUCUACCCAAGUUUAGGACUUUUAAUGACUCCUGAUAUUGAUAGUCUUGACACAAUCCAAGAUUCUCAUUCAAAAUUAUCAAAUGAUAGAAAAAAUCAUAUAAAUGUUGAUAAAAAGAGAAGAAUUCCAUGUGUUUGCAGAAAGCAAACAUUCUGCAUGAAACACAUCUAUGACACAAUGGAUGAUGCUGUAAUGCAGAGAAAUGCCAUACCAGGUGUGAGGGAUUUACACAUUGAAGAUGUUUCUGAAGAUCUUUAUUUGUAAUAAGGGAUAAAUAUGUAGAAUAUGAGUUGAAAGUUUUAAACAUAA